GCGGCUUUGACUUUUUGGCGGUAAAUUGACGGGCCGCUUACGAAACUGAAAAAAGAAUAUCAUUGCAAAACAAAACGCCAUUUAUUUUCCAGAAUGAGCAAAGCUGGAGAGAAAAACACACUGAAAAGAAAACACCAAGCACCAUUUAAAUCACCGUUUCAGAAAGAUGCAGCUAGUAGGGUGUCAGAAGGUGAUCAGCAGACUGUUGACCUGGUGAAAGAUAAGUUAAAAAUGGUGGACAAGGAGAUUGAAGACUUGAAGUCACAAGGAAUGAAGGAGGCGGAGUUACAGAUACACAUAGAUAAAUUACACGAGUACAAUGAGAUAAAAGAUGUAGGUCAACUCGUGCUUGGAAGAUUAGCUAAUUUAGAAGGAGUAAGGUCAAAGGACUUAUAUGAUCAAUAUGGGCUUAACCUGGAGGAUUAAUUAAUAAGGUCAUAUGUCGAUUGUCGCAACUUAAUCUGAUAUAAGAUAAUGUAUCGGAGAUGGAUAAGAAGUUCAAAGGUCAAGGAAUGUUUGGUUGUUUCUGUGUGGUGACAUCCAGUUGAAGGAAGAUUUGAACAGAAAAAAAGAGAAGGAAGUGAAUUUUGAACUUAUGAUAGUGAUAUGUUGAGUUGCUUGAAGACUGGAACAAACCUUUGGUUAUUUCAAGGCAGCCGAAACCUUUUAUUUUGUUUGUGAAAGUUGAAGCUGUCUGUGAAAUGAAGUAAUUUAUGUGAUGUCAUAAUUCGCAUACAGUCAAACUUGUGAACAAAGGCCACCUGAGGUGAUAUUGACCAUGAACUUUACAGAAAAGGGGCCUUGAUAUGGAGAUUACUAUAUUUGUUUUAAAUCAAUAAAGGGUUGUCACAGUA